ACGGGGGCUACGACUGCGGGCACAGGCGAAUUUCCAUCUGGAUGGGGGCAACGCUAUACGGCCGAGGGAAGAGUAUAUUUCGUGGAUCACAACACGCGGACAACUACCUGGGUGGAUCCGCGGUGCCAGCAGUACGGAGGCCAAAAUGCCAACAGCCGUACUAUCCAGCAGCAACCCGUCUCGCAGCUUGAACCCCUACCUAGUGGCUGGGAAAUGCGU